AUGACUGCCGUCGUUUCUACCUCCUGCCCAGACCUCAAGCUUAUCGCCCGCGGCAAGGUCCGCGACCUCUACGAAGUCGACGAGCACUCCCUCCUUUUCGUCGCCACCGACAGAAUCAGCGCCUUCGACGUGAUCAUGCAAAACGGUAUCACAAACAAGGGAAAGCUGUUGACAGAGAUCAGCGUCUUUUGGUUCUCAUACCUCAAGGAUGUCCUCCCCAACCACUUGAUCACCGCCGAUUUUGAAAAGAUGCCUGCCAAGGUCCAGCAGUACCGCUCUCAGCUCGAGGGACGCUCCAUGCUUGUCAAGAAGCUUCGUGUCCUUCCCAUCGAGUCUAUUGUCCGUGGCUAUAUCACUGGCUCCGCUUGGUCAGAGUAUAAGAAGAAGGGAACUGUCUGCGAUAUUGCCCUCCCCGCUGGUAUGCAGGAGAGCGAGGCCUUCCCCGAGCCCCUCUGGACCCCCAGCACCAAGGCAGAGAUUGGCGAUCACGACGAAAACAUUCACCCCAGUAAGGCCGCAGGAAUCAUUGGCGAGAAGCACGCUUCCGAGAUGGCCAAGAUCUCUGUCGAGCUCUACACCAAGGCUCGCAACUACGCUCAGGAGCACGGCAUCAUUAUUGCCGACACCAAGUUUGAGUUUGGUGUCGAUGAGAACGAUAACCUCUACUUGAUUGACGAGGUCUUGACCCCUGACUCUUCGCGCUUCUGGCCUGCCGCUACAUACAAGGUUGGCGCUGGACAGGACAGCUUCGAUAAGCAGUACCUUCGUAACUACCUCGAGUCCAUUGGAUUCGACAAGAGUCAGGGUAUCACCCUGCCUGAGGACAUUGUCACCAAGACCAUGGCCAAGUACCAGGAGGCAUACAGGCUCCUCACCGGCAAAGACGCCCAGCUCUAA